CGCUGGUGCAGGCGGACAGCCCUUCAGCCCCUGUGAACGUCACAGUCAGGCACCUCAAGGCCAACUCUGCAGUGGUGAGCUGGGAUGUCCUGGAGGAUGAGGUUGUCAUCGGAUUUGCCAUCUCUCAGCAGAAGAAGGAUGUGCGGAUGCUGCGCUUCAUCCAGGAGGUGAACACCACCACCCGCUCGUGUGCGCUCUGGGACCUGGAGGAGGACACUGAGUACAUUGUGCAUGUGCAGGCCAUCUCCAUCCAGGGCCAGAGCCCAGCUAGCGAGCCAGUGCUCUUCAAGACCCCACGCGAGGCCGAGAAGAUGGCCUCCAAGAACAAAGAUGAGGUGACCAUGAAGGAGAUGGGGAGGCACCAGCAGCUGCGGACAGGCGAGGUGCUGAUCAUUGUUGUGGUCCUGUUCAUGUGGGCGGGUGUCAUCGCCCUCUUCUGCCGCCAGUAUGACAUUAUCAAGGACAAUGAACCAAAUAACAACAAGGAAAAAACCAAGAGUGCAUCAGAAACCAGCACACCAGAGCACCAGAGCGGAGGUCUGCUCCGCAGCAAGAUAUGAAAACCUUUUCAGUGCUUGCUUGAGCAGCUCAGAAGAAAGGCAGUAGAGAAUGUGAGAGGAUCUCAUGAUUCUGACAAUGUUAUCCAACAAACAUCUGGCCCUCUCUACAUCUCCUCCCUCCUUCUCCUGUACCCUCUGGCUUACUGUCCUCUCUCUUGGCUUCUCUUUUCUGGUGCAUUUCCUGAAGCCUCUUAUUAACCCCCAUUUCCAGAAGCACCUCAAUAAUGUCAGUGGCUGAGGCUGCACUCAGAGGCACAUCUGCAGGAUGUGAGAAAACCAUCCAGAGGGAUGAGUCUGCUGGGGGUGGACUGGGGACCAGGGGCCAUGGACCCAGGACCCAGUCUUGGCCAUUCAGCUGAGUGAGGCUGAAGGCUGGGUUUGAGAAGGCAGACAGACAAGAUAUCCAGGCAGGGCUACUCUUUUCUUUCCACAAGGGACAAGAGCCUGGCUUUUAGACUGCAGCCCUGCUGCUCCCUUCCUUCUUCUGUCCUCUGUUUCCAACCUUGCAAGAAGUCUAUUCACAAUUAGCCCUGGCCGCUUCUCUCAUUUUUUUCCUCCCAGUUUCCAAACAAGCCCUCAGUGAACAUCAUCGAAGCGUGACUGCCUGUCUGCAGGGAAAAGGAUUUCAUUUUUCUUCUCUGCUGGUCCCCAGGUCCAGGGCACAGGGAGAGGGAGACAGCAGCGGGGUGGGGGAGGAGGCACAGAUAGCUGCACAGUUCUCCCUCUUCCCCCUGUCCUAGUCUGAUGAAGGAGGCUGAACUACAAACCCGAAUUCUGCAAAAAAAUAAAUAAGCCACAAAAUUAAAAGGCCUGGUCCCAUUCUGGAAAAGGCAAAGCUGCAUGAGAAACAGCCUUCUGCCUCCUCGCCUCUCCUGGACUGGUUUCCUCUUUGAGAAAAUGCACAAAGCUCUGGGAGACGAUAAGCACUAAGACUGACUCAAGCUGUGUCUUUCAGACCAAGGAACAUCAGGGAAGCCGUGAGGCUGCCUGUCGUGCAGGGUCAUGGCUGCCAUCAAGCCUUUUCUGGAUCAGCCAUCAAGGACUUGUUUGUGGUAUAAUGCACAGCUUUGCAAGUGUGUGAGAGUUAUCUGUCACUUGGAAAACAAAAUCAGAGGGCUGCACUCCAGAGGGUAGAGAGAUACCCCCAAGGACUGAGCUGGUAGCCUGCAUCCUCUGUCUUCUUUGACUGUAAGUUAAUCAGUCUGGGGUCUUAAGAAAACCUGGAAGGCAUUGGCCCUGUUUCUUUAGGAAGAUUCUCUUAGAGUUUCAGCAGUGCUGGCUUGGACAAUUGAGAAGGCACAUUCACAUCCAGCAUCCUAGGGUCUGCUAAACCACCCACUCUGGAGUGGAAACUGCUGGAAGGCAGGCCUGAGUCACUCACUAUGGACAGGCAGAGCAGCCCUGGUUGUCACCAUUGGCCUCUGGGGUCUUCCUAUCUUGCCAUUCUCAUCCAGGGUUCUCUGACAGUUACCCAGGGUCCUCAUGUCCUUCCCUAGAGCCUGAAUGGUAUAACAUGACAGGUCUUUCCACUGCCCCUUUCUGGUUUAAAAAAAAAUGGUGCUUGAUGAGGAAAGGCAGACUCUUCCCUAGGACUGAUGAAUUAUGGCUACCAAAUGCCUGCGUGGGAAGAGGUAGACCUCUGCAUUUUCCAUUGGUAGCCAAGGAUGGGAGUGUGGGAGGACUGCGCCUAGCACAAACCUACAUGGUAGGCGCUCAGUAAACAUUUGUUGAACUGAAUGAUAAGAGCACUGGCCCCUGAGCCAGAGAGCAGAAAGCCAUCACCCAGUGACCACCCCUUCUAGUCUACAAGAGUUCUCAAGCCUGUGUCGGCCACUGCUCUGCUUUGCCCACGUGUGGGAGCACAAGGGAGGAGAGACAGGAUAAAGGGCAGACAUCAGCAAUACUAAGGGCUUCCUCAUGGGAAGGCAUGAGGCUCCACUCAUUGUCUUGUACUUCCAUCCCUGCUGAAUGGGGCUGCAAGGCCAAGGCUCCUUAGGAGAAAGGUCCUUACCUCUGAUCCAGUUAGAGCAAUAACCACUUUUUAAAUGUAAAAUAAAAAGACGAAUGAAAAGGCA